AUGUGGCAGCAGCAACGAUCACACUGGAGAGCCAGUCGCUUUUUGAGGCGCUUUGAAAGCACAUCUGGCCUUCCUCUUGCCCUCCGCAUCUCCUCGCCUUCCGUAUCUCCACAGGCAGCAGACGUGGGAGCAGCAAUGAUCACUGUGGAGAGCCAGUCGCUUGCACUGCCCUCCUACUCCGAUUCCGGUCAGGUGGGCUAUGUGUUGAGCGGCGAGGCUAUGGCGGGCCUCCUCAGCCCCAUGGGAGCCCCCACCACUGUCAGGCGGCUGAGGGAGGGCGAUGCGUUUGUGAUUCCGAGGGGGUGGGCGCGCUGGGUGUGGAACAACGGGCAGCAGCCUCUGCGCAUCGUCUCUCUCGCCGAUACGUCCAAGGGCCCCUCUGCCGGCCGCUACACCGCGUUCCACCUCAUGGGCGCGCAGAAGGAGCGCUUCGGAGGCAUUCUGCACGGCUUCAGCCGGGACCUGAUGGCGCAGGCAUGGGACGUGGAGGAGAAGGACGUGCAGCAGCUGCUGGAGGCGCAGAAAGAGACGUCCUUCGUGAAGGUCACUCCCCAGCUGCGCGCAGAGCUGGAGAAGCUGGUGAACUCGCACGAGCAGGCAGCGGUGCUGGAUGAGGAGGAGAUUGAGGAGGAGGAGGAGGAGGAGGGGAAUGACCAGCCGCACUAUGGCAAGGGAGCCAAGCGCAGUGUGAGCAUCUUUGCUGACUUCACGUACAACCUCAAGGCGCGCCAGCCGGACAUUUAUGUGAAGCGCGGUGGCACCGUGACUAUGGCCAACGGGUACAAGCUGCCGGCGUUCCGCAAAGUGGGGUUUGCAGUGGCGCGCUUCAGCCUGGAGGGCAACGCAAUGACGGCGCCCAGAUGGCUGGCGAACGCAGCGGCAAUGGUGUAUGUCACCAAGGGCAAGGGGCGUGUGGAGAUCGCCUACCCCGACGGCAGGCAGGCGCUGCGGCACGACGUGAAGGAGGGUGACUUUGUGGUCGUCCCCGCUAGCUUCCCACACGCUGCUUUGGCGUACGGCGAGGGUCUGGAGUGCAUUGCCAUGAUUCCCAAGAGCCGACCGCAGGCGGGGUUCCUGGCGGGGGCGAACUCGGUGUUCCGCAUGCUGCCUGCCUCCGUGCAGCGCGCCGCUUUCAAUGCCGAUGAGAAGCUGCUGGAGAAGCUGCGCGCUACUAGGCAGAGCGAGUUUGGGAUCCUGCCGCCCAGGAAGAGCAAGGGAGAGGAGGAGGAGAUGCCAGUGCUCAUUGAGCAGGUGGUGGGCUUCUGA